AAGAAGCAGCAGCAGCAGCAGCAGCAGCAGCAGCAGCAGCAGCAGCAACAGCAACAGCAGCAGCAGCCGCCGCCUGCCAGCCAGCUAUCCAGCCAGCCAGCCAGCUAGCCGCACACACAAUAAUUCCUCCUUAAAUCCUCACCUAAGCUUUCAGUAUAUCCAGAUCCACAUCUUCACUCAAGCCGGGAGAGGGAAAGAGGAAAGGGGGGAGGAAAAAAAAAAGCCAACAACUUAGCGGAAACUUCUCAGAGAAUGCUCCAAAACUCAGCAGUGAUUCUGGCGCUGGUCAUCAGUGCUGCUGCAGCGCACGAGGCGGAACAGAAUGAUUCUGUGAGCCCCAGAAAAUCCCGGGUGGCGGCUCAAAAUUCAGCCGAAGUGGUUCGCUGCCUCAACAGUGCCCUGCAGGUUGGCUGCGGGGCUUUUGCAUGCCUGGAAAACUCCACGUGUGACACAGAUGGGAUGUAUGACAUUUGUAAAUCCUUCUUGUACAGUGCUGCUAAAUUUGACACUCAGGGAAAAGCAUUUGUCAAAGAGAGCUUAAAGUGCAUCGCCAAUGGGAUCACCUCCAAGGUCUUCCUUGCCAUUCGGAGGUGUUCUACUUUCCAGAGGAUGAUCGCCGAGGUGCAGGAAGACUGCUACAGCAAACUCAAUGUUUGCAGCAUUGCCAAGCGCAACCCGGAAGCCAUCACUGAAGUCAUACAGCUGCCCAAUCACUUCUCCAACAGAUACUACAACAGACUUGUCCGAAGCCUUCUGGAAUGUGAUGAAGACACGGUCAGCACAAUCAGAGCCAGCCUGAUGGAGAAGAUCGGGCCCAACAUGGCCAGCCUCUUCCACAUCCUGCAGACAGACCACUGUGCCCAGACACACCCCAGAGCUGACUUCAAUAGGAGGCGCACAAAUGAGCCACAGAAGCUGAAAGUCCUCCUCAGGAACCUCCGAGGUGAGGGGGACUCUCCCUCACACAUAAAACGCACUUCCCAAGAGAGUGCGUAAGCAGGGAGAGGUAUUGAAAGCCUCACCAAACUAAUAGCAUUUUAGGGGUGUUGAUACACCAACUUUGAGUGUACUGUGCCUGGUUUGAUUUUUUUUAAGUAGUACCUAUUUUCUAUCCCCCCCUUAAAGAAAAUUGCAUGAAACUAGGCUUCCAUAAUCAAUAUCCCAACAUUCUGCAAUGACAGCAUUCUUACCAACAGAAUAUGUAUGGUCAUUCUGCCUCUCCUCAAGAGAGAAUGCACCCUCUUCCAUCCCCUCUCUCUCUGAAUUCUUUUCCCAGAUCCCUAUCUACUCUCCGCAAACACAAAACAUUCAUGUAACUCCCAGUCAUUGUAAUCUGAAGAUGUAGAUCCCUUUAGAAUGGUCACCCGGUAGAGUUAGCCAAUACAAAACAACUUUAUUUAAAUGCAUGUCUUAAAUGCUCAUAAAUAUGUUAAAUGGAAUUCGUGUUAUGAAUCUGUGCUGGCCAUGGACGAAUAUGAAUGUCAUGUUUGAAUUCUUGAUCUCUAACGAGUCUUAUGGUCUCUAUCCUCCAAUGUCUAAUUUCCUUUCUGACAUAUUUACCAAAUUGCUCAAACCUGGUUCUCCAACCAGACUUUGAGCCAGCAUCUUCUUGCAUCUAAUGAAAAACAAAAGGCUAACAUCUUUAUGUACUGUAACUGCUCAGAGCUUUAAAAGUAUCUUUAACAAUUGUCUUAAAAACGGAGAAUCUUAAGGUCUAACUGUGGAAUAUAAAUAGCUGAAAACUAUUGUACUGUACAUAAAUUCCAGAGGACUCUGCUUAACAGAGCAGUCUAUAAUAACUUUAUUGCAUAUAGAUUUAGUUUUGUACCUUAGCUUUAUUUUCCUUUUCCUGGGAAUGGAAUAACUAUCUCACUUCCAGAUAUCCGCGUUCAUGCUCCUUGUGGCCUUUUUUAUAACUAAGGGGGUAGAAGUAGUUUUAACUCAACAUCAGAACUUAAGAUGGGCCUAUACUUGAUAGGAAAACCCAACAGGUUAUCUGAAGGACCCCAGGUAAGAUGUUAAUCUCCCCAGCCCACCUCAACCCAGAGGCUACACUUGACUUAGAUGUAUCCUGAAACAGCUCUGUCACAUCCAACUGGGAAUUACAGGAAUAAAAAAGACCAUCCCUUUGGGCUUGGACCACUUAGUGUGACAAGGCCUACUAUCCCCUUGGAAGUGGCAGUUCUUGGCUCACCACCUUCCAUCAGUGCUUGGCACUCUGUUAAAUGAUGGAGUGGGAUACUGUUCCACUAGGCUAAUCAGGUCAAUGAGCCUUUGGGUCUUUAGUCCGGGGAACUUGGGCUUAAGGGGGUAUAAAUAACCCUGGGCUGUCCAGCCUUAAUAGACUCCUCUUACAUCCUUUGUCCUGUAACACGCUGCCUGCCAAAGUAGUCCUGGCAGCUGGACCAUCUCUGUAGGAUCUU